AUGCCUCUCAAGAUCAUCAUUGUUGGUGCAGGUAUUGGAGGACUAAGCGCGGCCACGGCCCUUCGUCAAGCCGGACACCAGGUCGAAGUUUUUGAGAAGUCCAAAUUUCUUAGCGAGGUCGGUGCUGCGCUUACCGUCGCACCAAAUGGUGUGAGAAUUCUAUCUUCGCUCGGAUUUUCGUUUGAGAACGCCCGCAGCCAGCCAAAAUCUUGUUUCGAGCUUCGCGAUGGAAGAAGCUUUGAAAUUAUUUCUAGCGUCAUUACUGCGCCAGCAGAAAGAACUUUCGGGGCUCCGCUGUACACAAUGCAGCGAGCAGACCUCCACGAGGAACUCUUUCGAAUUGCUACCAGUUCAUUUCCAGGGCUUCAGGAUAUUUCUUUACACCUAGGUACCAAAGUCUGUUCUGUCGAUCCUUUUGCAGGGACUGUACAACUGGAAGACGGAUCUUUCCAUAUCGCAGAUAUUGUCAUUGGCGCUGAUGGUCUUCAUUCCAUUUUGAAACCAGCAGUGCUGAACAUGCAACCUGACGUGCCAGUUUCUACCGACUUGACGGCGUUCAGGUUUCAACUCCCCACAGAUGCAUUAUCUAAUGACCCUGACUUUCGCGAUUUGAUUUUAAAGAAAGGAGAUGGUCCAUCUAUUAUGGCGGAUGUUUCGGAUGAUACUACACUGGAGCAUAUAGUGUGGUAUGACUGUCAAAAUGGUGAAGUGCAGAACUUCGUUGGAAUGAUCCAGAAUGAUCUCCAGCCCGUCGAUAAAGACCCACUGGACUCCCUUCUUUUCAAAUUCGAUCACUUUCAUCCAGGUCUGAUGCGCGUGAUAAGCAAAGCCCCUACGGUAACCAAAUGGCCCCUGAAGACUUUUCGACCACUACGCCAUUGGUCUCGGGGAAAGCUUCUGCUGAUUGGAGAUGCUGCACAUCCAAUGUUACCAUUCAGUGGGCAAGGUGCCAAUCAAGCCAUUGAAGACGCUGGGGCACUUCGCAUACUUUUCGACCAUCUCGACUCUCCAGAUGAAAUCCCAGCUAUUCUGUCAUUGUUUGAAAAUCUACGCAGGCUUCGUGUUUCUCGAAUUCAGACUUUGUCAAGUAUGAGAAUCGGGAAAGAAGGGCAGAUACAAGAAGAACUGCAAAAAUAUGCAGACUAUCCGGUCGCCGAUGUUCCAAAGACUUUCCCUGAGCGCCUUGCACAUGACUUCAGUUAUGAUAUACUGGAAAUCACCCGCGCCAAGCUUCGCGAGUAUAAGAUCGACCGCAAGGUCAAAGAUACUCCGUCCCUGGGUCUUCACUUCUAA